AUGGCCGUCAAAAGCUUGUCUUCUGACCGAUGCACUCUGGUGGAGUUUGCAUUGAAAACUGCUGGAAUUCCCCCGGAGCGCAUCGUCAUCUUCGGGCAGUCGCUAGGUACGGCAGUCAGCAUAUCCCUCUCGUACCACCUCGCUCUACAAUCGCCACCAACUCUCUUUGCGGGGAGCGUGCUCAUAGCGCCAUUUGCGAAUGUCGAACUUCUGACCCAGACGUAUAGCAUUGCUGGCACCAUUCCUCUUCUUUCGCCUGUGGUACGAUGGCCCAAGGCUCUAGACUGGCUCAAUAGCUUCAUCAUAAGUAAAUGGCCAUCAAAGGACAAAUUGGCCGAACUCAUUCGUCGGUUGGAGACUUUAUGGCUUUCAGAGAAGGGGAUAAGGUACGACAUCACAAUCAUCCACGCACAAGACGAUUACGACAUCCCGUGGUCACAUUCGCACAUUUUGUUUUGGCAUGCCGCCAACGCAACAAGACUCCCUGAAGCGAUCCUAAGUUUCGAAGAACUGGAAGUUGAGAAGGCCGGGCGGAAAUCAGAUCUUGGAGAUGGCUGGAGGGAGGUAGCCUGGAGAGGGGAUGCGGGAGUGCUGCGAGAGCAGAUCCCGGACCAUGGACUUCAUGAUCAAAUCAUGAUUUAUCUGGUUGUGAGUCUCGCCGUCGCACGAGCAUUACAAAGCCAGGAUCGAGAAUAG